CCUGGCCGCGGGGGCGGCGCGCUCGGUGUACGCGUCCGGGGCCCCGCGGGGCCGGGCCCGGCGUCGGCAUGAAUCGCUGCUGGGCGCUCUUCCUGUCUCUCUUCUGCUACCUGCGUCUGGUCAGCGCCGAGGGGGACCCCAUUCCUGAGGAGCUUUAUGAGAUGCUGAGCGACCACUCCAUCCGUUCCUUCGACGACCUCCAGCGGCUGCUACAUGGAGACUCCGUAGAUGAAGAUGGGACUGAGUUGGACUUGAACUUGACCAGGUCACACUCGGUAGGGGAACCUGAAAGCUCAUCUCGAGGGAGGAGAAGCCUGGGUUCCCUGACGGCAGCCGAGCCUGCCAUGAUCGCCGAGUGCAAGACGCGCACCGAGGUGUUCGAGAUCUCGCGGCGCCUCAUCGACCACGCCAAUGCCAACUUCCUGGUGUGGCCGCCCUGCGUGGAGGUGCAGCGCUGCUCCGGCUGCUGCAACAACCGCAACGUGCAGUGCCGCCCCACGCAGGUGCAGCUGCGGCCCGUGCAGGUGAGAAAGAUCCAGAUUGUGCGGAAGAAGCCGACCUUUCAGAAGGCCACAGUGACCCUGGAGGACCACCUGGCGUGCAAGUGUGAGAUGGUGGCACCUGUGCGGCCUGUGACCCGAAACCCUGGAGGAGCCCAGGAGCCACGAGCUAAGACGCCUCAAACUCGGGUGACCAUUCGGACAGUGCGGGUCCGCCGCCCCCCCAAAGGGAAGCACCGGAAGUUCAAGCACACGCACGACAAGACGGCACUGAAGGAGACCCUGGGGGCCUAGGGGCACCAGCCGGAGAGUGUGGGCAGGGUUAUUUAAUAGGGUAUUUGCUGUAUCGCCCCCAUGGGGUCCUAGGAGUGAUAAUGUUGUCCCCUCGUCCGUCUGUCUCGAUGCCUGAUUCGGACGGCCAAUGGUGCUCCCCCCCACCCCACGUGUCCGUCCAUCCGUCCAUCCACCAGCGGCUCCAGAAGGAAUCACAAGGACUGAACCCCCUCACUUCGUCCUCCCCUGACUCCAGGAACCUGGACAAGAGUGCAAGAAACUGAUGGGGUCCGGGGCUUCCCGCCUUGCCCCCCCCACCCCCGCUUUGUCCGGCCUCGCCACACCCCAGCAGGGGGUCCCUGGAUGGCCCAGGAGACCCCCCCCACAGCACUGAGGCCCCAUCUCCAGGCAGGUUGGGGCACCUUGUCCCCCACAUGAGGAGCACAGACUGGGGACCCCCCCCCCACCAUGCCCAGGUCCCCCGCUUUUCUCCCUGUAACCUCUCUUCACAUUUUCAUGGUGUACGUAUGGCAUCUCCAGAGGCGUGGACUCCCCCCCGGGCGGGGCGGGGGGCCGAGGGGCCCCUCCCGAGAGGUGGGGCUCGGUCCUGAGGUGACCCUCGCCCCCUGCCUCCUCCUCCUCUACCUCCGCUCGGCUCUUCCUCUAUUCCCGGCUCUUCCGUCCGCUCCGCGAUGAGGCACUCGGGGGCCCCCCUGUUCCCAUCACCCCCAUCGCUCUUGGGGAAGGGCAGAAGAUCUGUCCGUCGCCUCUCACCCCGGCCCAGGCCGCCCCGGGUGGCUCUUGGGGGCGCGCACUGCGCAGGGGCGCUGCCGGUACACCCCAGGCAGGGCCCCCGUGUUCCCCGUCUGUUGGUUUGGGUGGCUUCCGGCAGGGGUGGCGGGUCCCACAAAGGCUCGCGGCUUGGCAGUGCCCGGCCCCAGCCCGUGGCUUGGAGGGGGAGGACCGGAGUCCCGCGGCAGGCAGGAAGCCUGGAGGUCCCCCCAGGGACCCUUCCUCCCAUCAUGGGGUCUACCUGGGGUCCCCCCCCUCUCAGGAGGCCAGCUGGAUCCCGGGAGAGAAGGGAGAGGAUGGGGGUGGAGUCCCAUCUCAGUCCCCAGCUUCCCCCCCACCCCACUUCCCACUUGCACUUUCCCCGCCCCCCCCCCCCCGCUUCCUUCAGUUUGUAAAGUCGGUGAUUAUAUUUUGGGGGGGCUUUCCUUUUAUUUUUUAAAUGUAAAAUUUAUUUAUAUUCCGUAUUUAAAGUUGUAAAAAAAAAUAACCUCAAAACAAAAACCACAUGAGUUUGCCGGGGAGUCUGUGUUGGCA